AUGUUUUCCUUUGAAGAACUUUCUUCAGUGAGCAAAGCCCCUCCAUCUUUCCGAAUCUUCAAGCCCUGGUGGGACACUUUCAUGGAUUACCUGGCUGUAAUCAUGUUGAUGAUUGCUGUGUUUGGAGGCACUACGCAGAUAUACAAGGACAAGACAGUCUGUCUGCCAAUCCAGGAUAAUUCCUCAGACAACAGAAGCCGAUCUUAUCCUGGAGGCAACUCGACCAUGGAAGAGCAAGCUUUUGCUGCCUAUAAUUUAACAAACAUUCGCGACUUCGCUCGGCUUUCACAUAUAGAUGCUGUCUAUGCAGUCACCGAGGGCAAAACCAAUCUGGACAUCCAGCAAUACCGCUAUGUCAACCGGGUAUGCUACUUCUACGCGGUACCCUGGUUUCCCAAAUACUUCUCCUACUUCAUUUUGGUGCACACAGUGGCCCUGAUGAUUUGCAGCAACUUCUGGUUUCGGUUCCCAAAGACCAGCUCCAAGAUGGAACACCUGAUCUUCAUCCUGGAGAAGUGUUUCGAGUCCCCAUGGACCUCGGAUGUGCUAUCCCUGGCCGUGACUGAGCACAGCAGCAACGUCAAUGUCAAGACGCAGGAGAAGCGCAGGAGCAUGACGGCGAACUUCAAGCCGGUGUCGCCAGGCAUCAGGGACUCGAGCCGGGGUGCCACCCGCGACAUUCCAGUCAUCCAGAGGCAAAACGAGCUGCUGGACAAGAAGGACUGGGAACGGGCCAAGGCUCUGUUCGAGAAGGUGAAGAAAUUCCGGCUGCAUGUGGAACAAGAGGACACCAUCUACAAACUGUACAUGGGUCAACUGCUGUUGAAAACCCUGCAGUGUGUGAUCAUUCUAUGCUAUUUUGCUAUCUUUGUGGAGGCGGUGUCAUUUGACAUCAUCUGCCGGCCUGGUUCUGAGAAGGUCACUGGGUAUGGAGUCUUCAUCUGUACGUUCAGCAUUGCCUUCCUACUCCGGAGGCUGUUGCUACUCUAUUUGUGCGUGGUGGCCAUCUAUGUCUUACUCUGCAUCCGCACUCUGUUCUGGAUCAUCCGUACCCCCCUCAAACAGUACUCCUUUGAGAAGAGGGAGAGUCAGUUCAGCGACAUCCCCAAUGUGAAGAAUGACUUUGCCUUCCUGCUGCACCUCAUUGACCAGUAUGACCCCCUGUACUGUAAACACUUCUCCACCUUCCUGUCUGAGGCCAGCGAGAAGAAGCUCAAGCUGCUGAGCCUGAACAGCGACUGGACAGCGGACAAGGUCAGGCAACAACUCAUCCGGGGCAGCAAGGAGCAGAUGGAACUGCACCUCUUCAUGCUCACCGGCAUCCCCGAGGCAGUCUACGAUGUCACCGAGAUCCAGGCCAUCAAGAUGGAGCUCUGCACCGACAUCAACAUCAGCACCAAGGUGACCCAGCUCGUCCACCUGGAGGAGCUCCGCAUUGUCAACUGCAUCGUCAUCAUUAAACCUGCCGCCCUCUUCUUCCUGGGCAACCAGCUCCAUCUGCUCUCUGUUACCUUCUCUGACCACGAGGAGGUGCCUGAGUGGAUUGGCAAACUGACCCGCCUCCGAGCCCUCUACCUGAUCGGCAAUGUCAACGACGGCGACAAGAGGUUGGAGCUCGAGUUCUUGAAGGAACUGCGCUACCUGAAAAUCCUCCAGAUCAACAGCAACCUGGUGAAGGUGCCCUUCAACGUGUUGUACGUGGCGCCUCACCUGAUCGAGCUAUGCAUCCUUAACAACAAGAACAAGCUGGAGAUGCUGCACAAUCUGGGCAGCAUGUUCAACCUGGCCCGCCUGGACCUGCAGAACUGCGACCUGGAGAUCAUCCCGCACGGCAUCUUCGGCCUCUCCAACCUGCAGGAGCUGAACCUCCAGGGCAAUGAGCUUAGCGGGAUUGAGGAGAUUGAGAGCCUGCAGCGCCUGCGCAAGUUGUCCUCCUUCAACCUCAGCUUCAACAAAAUCAAGGCCAUUCCGGAUUCAAUCAGUUUCGUCAGUAGCCUUGAACGUUUCAACACGUCCAACAAUCUGAUCGAGACUCUGCCGAACAGUAUGUUCACUAUUCAGAAGCUGCAACACUUAGACAUGAGCAACAAUCGGCUGGUUGCCAUUCCCCCCUCCAUCAAGUACCUCAAAAACCUCAAGUACCUUGAUUUAAGCUUCAAUCGAUUGGAAACCUUGCCAGAUGAGUUGUUCCAGUGCAAAAAGCUCAAGACCCUGAAGCUGAAUAAUAACUUACUCUCGUCCCUGAGUGGGAAGAUCCAGCAGUGCUCCCAACUCAUCAGACUGGAGCUGAAAGAAAAUUCCCUGGACAAACUUCCAGUGGAGAUAACCCAGUGUAGCAAGCUGAAACAGAGCGGCCUGAUACUGGAUGAAUACUUGUUUGAGGCACUUCCCAUGCAAAUCAAAAUAAGCAUCAAUGCUAAUCCCGAGCCCGUAAGCGAAGUUAGGCUUUUAAUUCCCAAAAAGAUGUCACAUCCUGAAUUGGAACACGUUGUAUAAAACAAGAAAUGUGACCAACGAACCCAUAAUAAUUCAAAAGGAAACACUUGACUACAUAUUCUGGAAAUGUAUCGGAACGCAAACAGACUCAGAUCAAAAUAAAAAUUACUUU